AGGAAGCUAUUCUGUACUGAAUCAGCAUGGGAUAGAGUGCCUAGAAGACGCUCAGAGCAAGCCCAGCUAGCGCGUCCCUGCUGGUUCUCCAUUCUGCAUCCGUGCAGCCACGUUCUAUUGAUGGCCUGUUGUGAUUUCAAUGGAACAUCAUGGGAUGUACCUGGCACGUCGGGCAGCACUGGAUGGAGGUGCCUUUAGCCCAAUGUACCUGGCAUGGAGCUGGUAGCGCUUGAGCAUGUUGCCCAUGUCCUUAAUAUCCAAACGUUGCCGCACAAAGUACUGUUAGGCACUAUUCAGGUGCUCGCUGUCUAGCCUUCUCAUCCAUCCACAAAUCCUCUACGUGAAAUGAGUGAUUCCUUAGAUCUGUUUUUGAUUGAUUCUUUGCUUCACUGGUGUUGCUUCUUAAAAGGUGGUAAAGUGAAGGUGAAAGGAAGAGAAGGUGGAGAUGGAACUGCCAAAUCAUGCCAAACAACUGCUAUUGCAGCUGAACCAGCAACGAGCCAAAGGUUUCCUCUGUGAUGUGAUCAUUGUGGUAGAAAAUGCCCUAUUUCGUGCCCAUAAGAACAUCCUGGCAGCCAGCAGCAUGUAUUUCAAAUCCCUCGUCCUGCAUGACAACCUGAUUAACUUAGAUACGGACAUGGUGAACCCCACCGUGUUCCGGCAGAUUUUGGACUUUAUUUAUACUGGUAAGCUCUUAACGACUGACCAGCCCGGUGAACAGAACUUCAAUGCUCUCCUCACCGCAGCAAGCUACCUCCAACUGCACGACCUGGCAGCUCUCUGCAGAAAGAAGCUCAAGCGGAACGGCAAGUCCUUUGCCGGCAAGGCCGGUGGCCUUGGUGUUGGGAGAGCUGCCAGGAGUCAGAGACUUUCCACUGCUUCGGUCAUCCAAGCUCGCUAUUCAGGGUCAACCGAAGGGUUGAAGGGCUCGCACUCGAAGGAGCUGUCAAAGGGAAAGCUCUCCGAUGAUGAGGUCUUCAUCAGCAGCUCCAACCAAGAGAACUGUCACUCCUUAAGCAGGGGAGCCGCUAAGAACGGCGGUGGGGGCGGCAGUGCAAACGGAAGCACCGGCGACCAGGAGUUAGGCCUCGACCUGUCCAAAAAAAGCCCGUCGCUCCCCGUUGCAGCCUCCCACGAUGACACGCAGCACAGUGAAAGCCAGCACGGCUCUCCCCAAUCUGCCUCAGCCCCCGCAGCCAACAGUGCCUCAUCGUUCGACGAGUCCGGCGUCGGAGCCGCUCACAGCAUGGCGGACAGCAGCGACCCCAUGGAGAUGGAUCUGAGCGAAGAGUGUCACCACUCGCUGGCGGAGGGCAACCAGCGCAAGGGCCUCCGGCACUCGUCCCGCAAGAAGGAGUGGAUCAGGAAAGACAACGCCUUCGACCGCAAGGAAGGGAGUAAAGACAGAGACGAGGGCGAAGGGCUGCCCAAUGGCAUCCUGCUGGGACCCUUGGCCAAGUCGGUGGAGCGGAGCCUGGCCGGGGCCUACGGCGCAGACCUACCGUACCCGUGCAAGGAGGAGGUGGAAAACGGUAAGGAGAACAGCGACGACAGCGGCCAGAGCGAGAGCGAGAGCGGCGGACACACCAGUGCCAACUACGUCUACCGGCAGGAGGGGUUUGAGCCUGUGCCCUACGGUGACAACCUGUAUGUCUGUAUCCCCUGUGGCAAAGGCUUCCCCAGCUCCGAGCAGCUCAACGCCCACGUGGAGACGCACACCGAGGAAGACCUUUACAUUAAGGAGGAAGGCACAUACGGCGGCAAGGAUGAAGCUGAGGAUUUGUCCAACCCCAACCAGCCCUACGCUGCGGAGUCCCGGCCCUUCAAGUGUUCCGUGUGUGAGAAAAGCUACAAGGAUCCGGCCACGCUGCGGCAGCACGAGAAGACUCACUGGCUGACGCGGCCCUUCCCGUGCAACAUCUGCGGCAAGAUGUUCACGCAGCGGGGCACCAUGACACGCCACAUGCGCAGCCACUUAGGGCUGAAGCCCUUUGCUUGCGAGGAAUGCGGGAUGCGCUUUACCCGGCAGUACCGACUGACAGAGCAUAUGCGGGUCCACUCAGGAGAAAAACCUUACGAAUGUCAACUGUGUGGUGGGAAAUUCACCCAGCAGCGCAAUCUGAUCAGCCACCUGCGAAUGCAUACCUCUCCCACAUAAGCCAAAGACUCCAGAAUGAGCUUCGAGCCCAUCCGCAGUGAUUUACCUUUCUGUAGACUUGCUGCUUAAAAAAAAAAAAAAAAGAAAAAAAGGAAAAAAACAAAAAACGAAAAAAAAAAACAAAAAGGGGGCAACUCCCCAACUUCUGUUCAGUCAUGGGAGGCCUAAACAAAUGUAGCUUUAACAUU